UAUUAGAGGCCCGGCCCGUGCCUGCCCCCUGUGAAGCGUGAAAGCUCACCCUCCUCCUCCAUCGCCCCGCUCCCCCGUCUCUUCUCUCCCACUCUCUUCCUGCCUCUAUUGUUUUUUCCGUCUCCUCUUGUGUCUGCGUUUCCUUUACAUUGCAUAGUGUGUUGCCGUUCUGCGCUUGGUUUGUGCUCGGGGGACGGUGCGCGAUACUGCUAUUUCGGACUGUCGUGGACGAGUGUGCUAGGCCAAGAUGAGUACGGAGAAGGAGCGCGAGAGCUAUGUGUACAUGGCCAAGCUCGCCGAGCAGGCGGAGCGUUACGAUGAGAUGGUGGAAUCGAUGAAGAAGGUUGCCAAGCUUGAUGUGGAGCUGACAGUAGAGGAGCGAAAUCUCUUGUCCGUGGGUUAUAAGAAUGUCAUCGGAGCCCGGAGGGCGUCAUGGCGGAUCAUGUCAUCCAUCGAACAGAAGGAGGAGAGCAAAGGUAACGAACAGAAUGUUAAACGCAUCAAGGACUACAGACACAAGGUGGAGGAGGAGCUGUCGAAGAUCUGCAAUGAUAUCCUGUCUAUCAUCGACGGACACCUGAUUCCGUCGUCCAGCACGGGAGAGUCCACUGUGUUCUACUAUAAAAUGAAGGGAGAUUACUAUCGGUACCUGGCGGAGUUCAAGACCGGGAAUGAGAGGAAAGAGGCCGCUGACCAAUCUUUGAAGGCAUACCAGGCUGCAUCCAGCACUGCAGUGACGGACCUGGCACCGACGCAUCCUAUCCGACUGGGAUUAGCUUUGAACUUCUCGGUCUUUUAUUAUGAAAUUUUGAACUCUCCUGAGAGGGCAUGCCAUUUGGCGAAACAAGCAUUUGACGAGGCGAUUGCUGAGUUGGAUACGUUAAGUGAGGAGUCGUACAAGGACAGCACAUUGAUCAUGCAGCUACUUAGAGAUAAUCUGACCCUGUGGACAUCUGACCUUCAGGACGAGGGAGGUGACGACCAGGGAAAGGGAGAUGAUAUGAGGCCCGAGGAGGCUGAGUGAUGACGAUUAGGUCUUUUAUGUGGAGACGAAUUUGCAAAUCACUUCACUCAAUUGGUGGUGGGCCGGGGCAAGAAGAUGUGCAGUUGCGUGCCAGCAAUUGUUUAUGACGUGUCUUGCCUGCUUUGUUCUGCGUAGAGACGAGCUGUCCAUAGUGUUUUUCGCUAGGAUGCCAAAUGCCAAGAUGCAAUAUUAAAAUGAAGGAUGCCUUCCAAACAACUAUGUUCGGUAAUGCUUGAUGAGGUUGGCUGCAGGAUAUGCUUGUGUCCUGGCUGAACGGUUCCCCAUUAAUUUAUGGUUUUAUGCACGGGGAUUUGUCGUUUCCGUCUCUUUAUGAUGA